GUAAUAAAUUACUCUAUGGUUUAAAACGAUAGGUUUUUCUUAUCAUUUUUGACGUAAUUUCUGAUUACGCUGAUUACAUAUUAGUGGAAUCGACCCCAGAGCAGACAUCAGAGUAUAAAACAGUUAAGUUAUUUCUUUUGGGAACAUAUUCAUAUGAUGGGUUAAUUGGUAUUCACUGAUAAGAAAUUAAUCUGAUACACAUUCGUCUACAAAGUCAUUAUCUACAACUCAGGGCAACAACUUUAUUAUACCGCUUCAUUAUGCAUUACACAUAUGACAUGUCGUUUACAAAAUGUUUGGGCUGUUCAUAGCUGCUUCUAGUAUACUUGUCUAUGACUGCCUGUUUAUUUACAAAUUUAUUACUGUUUUAAUCGAAUUCAUGAAUAUUUGAAUAUAUUCGAACCGACAAAACGUGUUUAAUAUCGUAAAAGAAAAUAAUAGCCAUGAUUCACGCGAAUAAUGAUUUUAAUUUAAAAUUAUUAUUUUGACGUUUUGGCUAAACAAACAAUACUUUUACUGCACCACUAGAAGGUAUUUAUGUUUUAAUAUCAUUUAAUAGAUAUAUUUAAUACAUUAAAAUGUACAAUAUUAUAAUGGGGCACCUAUAUAAUUUUUUUCUUCUUUGUUAAUCAAUUGAAGUGUUUAUUAUUUUUGUUAUACCUAUUUUAUGAUUAAAUAUCUACAUAAUGUUUGUUAUAACUUAGUUGCCUAUUCAGUUAUCCAUAUUAUAGGUACCACGUGUAUAUAAUGUUAUAAAAUAUAUUAUAGGCAAUGUACCUCAAAAUAAAUCUUAAAUGCUUAAUAUCAUUUAGGUACUUAGCUAUAGUUAGUUUUUUUUUGUGUUAUGUUAGUUAAACACUUUUAUGGUAAUAAUAUUACUUGGUUUAAACUGAGCAAUUUUUUUAAUCUACUAUAGGUACCUACAGACCUGAUAUAAUUAUUAAAAAAAAACCCAAAUUCUUGACAAUUUUAAUAUGUUCUGUAACAUAAUUUAAUUUUUGAAAUAAUUUAAUAGAUUCAGUGAUAGAUUUUUUAAAACCUGUAGGUUGGCCAAUGGCAAUUGCUAUGACACAAUAAAAUAAAUUCUUUGAUUCGUAUACAAUUACCCAACCAAUAAAAUUGCAAUUAUUUUUUUUUAUACUGUUAUUAUGAAAGUAUGAAUAGCUAUUUAUCAAUACACUACACAAAUAAAUAAAUAUUGACUGGUGACUUUAAAUGUUAAAAAGAAUUAGAUUCAAUUAUUCAUAAAAUUAAAAAAUAGAAGUUUGGAAAAUUAUUCUAUAGCUCAGAUCAUACCAUGAGUUAAAUAUUAUAAUAUUUAGUUAUGCAAUAUUUUAAUUGUGGAUUAUAUCUGUACUAAGUAUGAUAAGAUCUAAGCUUUAUAGUUUUGAUAAACUAUGAUAAUUGGUUUUAUGUAAGAUCUUAAUUUUAUUACCAUAAUCCUAGGUUUAGAUUUAAUGAAACAUAACUAAUACUUAACACACUUGAAUUAGAUGUUCUUUUUGCUUCAUAUAAAUUCUAAAUCUUAACAGAUACUAAAAUAUAUUCAUAUACAUAUUUGUAUAGAGAAUAACUGUUCUUAUGUUUUGUUAGAUCUGAUUUAUUUACCUAUUAUUAUCAUUGAAUAUUUCAUUAGUAAUAUAAAGUGAUUAUUUUCUUUAAAUUAUACAAAUAUUAAAUACCUAAAACUACUGAAAUAUUCUUUUUAAAAAUUGUAAUUUGAUAUUUUAGAAUAUUUCAUAUGGAUUUUUUAUGAGUUAUGACAUAUAAUGAUAGAAAGUGUGUCAAGAAGAACCUUAGCGGGUUCAAGUGGUACAUACAAUGUCCGUGCUACCGAAUUGGCCAUAGAUCGUGGCCGUUUAAAAUCAAUUAAUGUUACAGUUGUAUUUCUCGAUGAUACUCAGCAUUGUUUUAAACUGGAAGUGAGUGAAGUUAUUUAAAUUUGAUCAUUAUUUACAAUUGUUUUUUAUAAAAUAAAAUGCUUAGAAACGAGCAUUAGGCCAAGAAUUAUUAGAAGCAGUAUUUCAACAUUUAGAAUUGAUUGAAAAAGAUUAUUUUGGUUUACAAUUUACUGAAAAUGGACUAAUUCCAUCUGCAACAAAUUCUGACAUUUUAGUAAGUUUUUGAAUAUUAUUAAAUAACUAUCAAUUUUAUUUAACACUUUUUCUUUUUAUUUUAUUUAGAGAUGGCUGAAUCCAAAAAAAAGUAUUAAAAAGCAAAUGAGAGGUAAUUUAUUAGUGUUUAAAAAUAAUUAAGUAUUAAAACUAAAUAGUAUUUAAGUUACUCUUAAUUUAAGCAUUUUAGGUUUAGCACCAUUUUGCAUUCCAGAAAAAAGAAUAUUAUUAUUUGUAGUAAUAUUUAUUUAUACAUUUUUAUUUCUAUUAUUUCUUAACAAUUUGAAAAUUAACUUAAUUUGAAAUUAGGUAUUUUUAAUUUUGAAUUAAGAAUAAAAUAUAACUAAAAAACAAUUAAAAAUAUACCUACCAUAAUGGUGAAGUAUUAUAAAUAUAAAAACGUUUAAAUAUUUUUUUGGAAAUAAAAUGUGAAAAAAUAAAGUAAUUUUCAAAUUAUAAUAAUGUGUUACAUAAACUUAUUUUAAUAGAAGAAAAGCUUUAAAAAAAUCAAAACAAAGAUUAUUUCAGUGGUUAAUAUUUAAUAAUUAUAAUAAUAUAUUAUUAUACAUGAAAUAGGCUUAAAAUAAAUAUGUUGUAAAAUUGAGUCCAUUAGAUUGUUGGUUAUCAAAAUAAUAUAAUCAAGUAAUAAACACUACCAUUAUAAUACUAUAUACUAAGUUUUUCUUCAUAAUUAUUUAUUUUAUACACAUUUAUAUGUUUUUAAUUUGAAUAUACGAGGGCUAAUCAAAAAGUAUCGAGACUGAUAAUAUUACUCGGAAACCGAGCGUUGAAGAGCAAAACGAUUUGUAAAUCUAGCUUUUAUGACUUAUACUGAGCACAUCUAUUCGUAUAAAAUUUCUAUAAACUUCUUCGUUUUGAUUUGACGAUAUUUUUCUAAAAUUUGUUUUUCACGUUUGGCGAUUUCGUAAUGAAUCGAAAAGAAGCGGAACUCGCUGCCACUCGAGGGCACAUUUUCAGUUUUUCAAUUGAUAUUUAAUGGCAAAAACCAUGAAAUGUUGCAUCCCUCUGAAACUGAAAAAAAAUGCAGACAAAUUUUCUAAAAUCUCCAAAUCUGUCAAGUUACUCUUCUUUUGGGUUUAUUACAAAACCGCCAAACUCGAAAAAUUUAUUUUACAAAAAUAUCAGUGAAAUCAAACCGAAGAAUUUUAUAGAGAAGCAAUAAAAACAAAUGUACUCAGAAAAAGUCAUAGAAGGAAGUGAUACCAAUCCUACUGCUCUUCGAUGUUCCUUUUCCGAAUGAUACUACCAGUCUUGAUACUUUCUGAUUAGCCCUCGUAUUUGUAAUUGUAAGAAAUAUAUAUAUAUAAUACUUAUUCAAAAAAAGUGUUACUUUUCAACUAAUUUUAAUUUUAAUUUUAAAAUUUAAUUUUUACUCUCAGCAUUUAUAAUUCUUCUAUUUUUCAGGUGGUUUGUUUUAUUUUUGUGUAAAAUUCUAUGUAGCUGAUCCAAGUAAACUACAAGAAGAAUAUACACGUUAUCAUCUGUAUUUACAAUUACGGAAGGAUAUAUUAUGUGGAAAACUUAUUGUAUCACCAAGUACAGCAUGUCUUCUUGCCAGUUAUACCGUUCAAUGUAAUUUUAUAUUAUUUUUAAUACUGCCAAUUCAUAUGUUAUAAUAAGUAUAAAUUUAAUGGUUAGCUGAACUUGGAGAUUAUCAUCCUGAUGAACAUAAACCUGGUUACCUAUCUGGUAUGGUUCUUAUUCCUGGCCAAACAGAACAGUUAGAAAAUCAAAUAUCUGAAUUACAUAAAUUACACAAGUAAUGUUAUAAUAAAUACAAAAUAUUCCUUUAUUUUCCUUAAUAGAGAUAUUUUGUAUUAUUAUAAUAUUUUAUGUUUAAAUGAAUAGGGGCCAAUCUCCUGCAGAUGCUGAAUUUAAUUUCUUGGAUCAUAGCAAGAGAUUGGAUAUGUAUGGUGUUGAAUUACACAAAGCAAAAGUAGAUAUAUAUCUGUUAAUAAUGGAUUAAUUAUUUAUUAGUAUUAAUUUAUGAAUUAAUACACUGCAAUUUUAAAUUUAUUUUUAGGAUUCUACCGAUAAAGAAUUAGAUAUUGGUAUUACCUGUAAUGGUUUAGUUGUAUUUCAAAAUAAUAUUAGAAUAAAUACUCUAUCAUGGGUCAAAAUAGUAAAAAUAUCCUUUAAACGAAGACAUUUUUUUGUACAAUUAAGAAGAGAAAUGGUAAUUAAAUUAAGAUAUUUAUUAAAGAUUUAUUGUUAUUAUGUACUUAUUUUUAAUAUGAAAUUAUUUUCAGUCUGAAAAUUAUGACACAGUUUUGGGUUUUAAUAUGAUGACAUAUCGAUCUUCUAAACAUUUGUGGAAGUGUUGUGUUGAACAUCAUUCUUUUUUUCGGCUAAAUCAACCUAUUUGCCCAUCAAAUAAUCGAGGUUUUAGAAGAUUAUUCCCAGCACCAUUUCUAUUAGGUUCUCGGUUUACAUAUUCUGGACGAACUGAACUACAAACUGUAGAAGAGAGUAAGACACAGCCAAGGCCUCACCGAACAUUUUUAAGGUUAGUUAUGAAUAGUUAAUAGACAAAUACAAACUAAAUUGCAUAUUUGAUUAUUAGAUUUAAAAGUAGAUGUAACUCAAAACAAUCCGAUAGCAAAAAUCCUAAAUCUAUCAUAAAAUCAACUACUUCUAAAGUAAAAUCAUUUGAAAAAGAACCAAGACCAGCCUGGGGACCAUCAGACGAGUAAGACAAUCUAAGAAAAAUAUUAUUUUUGAAUAAAUAUUCUUUUAAUUAACAUAUUGAUUUUUUUUUUUCAGUGAAGGUGGAUUUGUAUUAUCCACUGCUAACCCAAACAGUAAUUGUGAUUUACCUGGUAGUUCUAUGUCAAACUAUAAUGAUGAAUUGUCUGGUAGUAUAUAUGAUAUACCAGCAUAUGAUACAGAAUCUUCUUUGGUAAUAUUGUGUCUUUAGAUUAUAAAACAUUUAAAUUCUAGCUAUUAACUACAAAUUUUACUUAUUAAGUCUAGUGUAAUACACUAAACUUAAAAAAAAUCUGAAUUACCUAAAGAGAAAUGUUAUUUCUACUUGUAUUUACAAACUAUAGUUAAUUGUAAUAAUAAAAAUAUUUAUUAUUUUUUUUUAUCAUAAAUUUGAUUCUCUUUUUAUUGGAAAAUUUGAAAAUGUUUUAUUAGAAAUACAUAUAUAUUUAGAAAUUUUUAACUUAACAUUUUUUAAAAAUAUCAAUGUACAUUGGUGGGCAUCAUCUAAAAUUGUAUUUUAUUUUUAAACACUGAUUAGGCCUAUGAAAAUUUUGGAAAUCUCUUUUUUCUAUAACAACAUUGGUAUUUUUCACAUUUUUAUUUUGAAUUUACAUUAUUAAACAUUAAAAGACAAAACAGCCAAUAAUUCAAACACUAAAAAUUGAUUAUUGAAUAGGGUGGUGAAAACAAUGUUGUGUGCAUUCAUAUGAAUGCUGAUAAACAAGGAAGAUUUGGAUUUAAUGUCAAAGGUGGUUCAGACUUAGGUUUACCAAUUGUUGUAUCUCGAGUUGUUCCCAACACCUCAGCAUACCGAGCAACUCCAAAACUUUGUGAGGGUGACAGGGUAAAUAAUAAUCACAUUUAUUAAAUUUUUGAAAUUGAUUUAAUGAUACAAAUAUGGUUGAAAAGCCUUAAGAUAUCAUAUUUUUGUAUACUAUUUAUUUGAAUGCAAUUGAUAUUUAAUACAUAAACAAUUAUACUUCUAAGGUUUUAAUGAUAAAUGGCCAAGAAGUAAGUGAUAUGGUCUAUGAUGAUGUUGUUAAUUUGAUUCGAGCUGCAAGAGAUUUACAAAAUAAUAGUAAAUUGGUUUUAACAGUUCAACAAAAAGGUAUGUAUUUCUAUUGUCAAUCACCUCAUUGUUAUAAAAAUUAUUAGACUAGACUUCUGCAGUUUAUUCAUAACCGAGUUAUGUUGAUAAUUAAUAAAUGCAAUUUGAAUUUUGAAUAAUGGUCACAUUACAACAAUAUGUCUGUAAAUUAAAUAUUCAGUUAUCAUUUAUAAUGAUAUUAAAUAUAUUUUCAUGUGAUAAGGUAAUGAGUAUUACAAAAAUGGUAAAAAUGGAAACUUAUUAAUUUCUAUUGGCCACAUAUGACACUUAAGAAUUUAGUUUAUUUUAUGUAUCUAUAAUUACCAUGGAUUUGUAGGCUGUAUAAAACAACUGUUUAAAUUGUAAAAAAGAAAAACUUAUUUUUAUUAUUGAAAUAAUAAUUGAUUUAACUUUAAAUCAUGAAGGAAAUCCUGAUUUAAAGUUAAACAUAUUUUUCAUACUUAAAAUAAAAUAUUAAUUUUUAAAGUAUUGUAUUUAAAAGCUGUAGCUCAAAAUCCAAGUUUUCGGUUAUUUAUAUAUAGAACAUAGAUUAUAUAAUUGAUAAGACCAUGACAAUAUAACAUGUAAAGAAUUGAAAAUUCAAUAGAAUAAAUUAGUAAUGAUUUAUAUAUUUAUAUUAAUACCUAGUAUGUUAGGUAUCAAUAAUUAAUAUAUUAUUAUACUUGUCCAUUGUUUUACAUUUUAAUGAUAGAUAAUUUACUUUACUAAAUUAUACAAUUUCAUUUAUUUUGUUUAUCAUAAAGAUGGUGGACAUGCAUUAUAUUUAUUACUACAUUAUUAUGUUCAGGUAAUGAUGAUGAUGAUAUUUCAAAUGAAAAGGAAGAAGAACCAUUAUUUCAGUACAUACCAGAAUCCCCUCUGAAUGGUAUGUCAUCAGAUCCAUUAAUUCAAUCUAUAUUACUCCUCGGAGAUGGCUUGGCAAGCGGAUCAUUAUUAACACAGUUUGAACAAUUAUAUAGGCAUAAGCCAGAAACAUCUAUGGAUAUUGCAAGACUACCAAAAAAUGUACAUAAAAAUAGAUACCGUGACAUAGCUCCUUGUAAGUAAUAUAGUUUACCAUAAGAUGUGGUAGUUUUUAUGGUAUAUGGUCAUAACCAUUAGAUACUAACAAUAUGACAACUAAAAAACCUAAAAAGAACUUAUUCAUUUCAACAUGUAAAUUGUAUAAUAAAAGUAAACAUAAAAUAUAUAAGGUAGUGUACAUUUUUUUUAUAUAUUUUCAGAUGAUAAUACUCGAUUUAUAAUUCAAGGUCAAGAAAAUGAUUAUAUUAAUGCUAAUUAUAUAAAUAUGGAGAUUCCAGGUUCAGGAAUAAUUAACAGAUAUAUUGCAACGCAAGGUUAUUUUAUUAUAUCUAUUAAAAAUAUAAUAACACAUUGUUUGUAGGCAGAGUUCUCCAUAAAUAUAUACUCAGAAUUUUUUUUUUUUUUAAAUUUAAAAGACUAGGCAGUUUAAAAUGUUACAUUAGGUACCAUUUUUUUUUAACUGUAAUAUUAAUACUUUUUUGUUGUUGAUACGUUUAAUGUAAAAAAAAAUAUAUCCAUUCAGUAUCAUUGGAGAUAUGUCCUACUACUAAAAAUUACUUUAAAAGUUGAAUAUUCAUCAUCAGCUUCUAAAGGCUAAGCCUUGUUGUUGUAGCCAUACAUGUCUGUCAGAUGCUGUCCUCUUGAGAUUUUGGUAAGAGGUUCAGACACCCAUUUGUCUGAAGAUUUCUUCAAAGGAUUUACGCGGUCUUCCUCUGGAUCUUUUUCCCUCUAUUUUUCCUUCCAUAAUGAUAGUAAUAAACUCAUUAUUUCUAAGUAGAUGUCNUUGUGUUCAUUAUUGUUCCAUUAUUGUGUUCAUUAUUGUUCUUUCUUCAUUGAUCUCGUUCAGCACUUCUUCAUUCGUCUAUUGUGUUCAUUAUUGUUCUUUCUUCAUUGAUCUCGUUCAGCACUUCUUCAUUCGUCUUAUGGUGUUCAUUAUUGUUCUUUCUUCAUUGAUCUCGUUCAUUAUUGUUCUUUCUUCAUUGAUCUCGUUCAGCACUUCUUCAUUCGUCUUAUGUUCUGUCCAGCUUGUUCUAGUCAUUUUCCUCCACAUCCACAUUUCCAUAGCCUCUAGUCUAUCUUUUUCAUAUUUUCCUAUUGUCCAAGAUUCACAACCAUAUAGUAAUAUACUCCAAAUUUAUGUUUUUACAAAUUUCUUUCCUGAUCUUAUACUUAGAUGUUUAUUAGUAAGAAGUGUCCUUUUUUUCUCAAAAGCAUGUUUUGCUAAUGUAAUUCGUCUUCUUAUUUCCUUCGUAGAUUUGUUUUCAUCAGUUAUCAAGCUACCUAAGUAGCAAAAUUCCUUUACUUGUUGUAAUUGUUCAUUGUUAAGCGUUAUGUUAGUAUUUGUUAUAACUUUACUUAUAACCAUAACUUGUUUUUUUGGAGUUAAUUUUUAGUUUGAACUUAUCUAGAGAUGAUUCAAGUAUAUGAAGCAUCAGACUCAUUUCUUCCUCGCUGUCAGCUAGGAGAGCUAUAUCAUUUGCAAAGCAGAUGGAGUGAAACUGUUUCCCAUUUAUCGAUAUUCCUGUAGUGUGUUCUUUCAUUUCAUCUAUUGCAAGUUCAAUAAACAAAUUAAACAAGUAUGGAGACAGAGGGCAACCUUGCCUUACUCCUUGACAAAUUUUCACUUGUCUCUUGCUUCUAUUUACAUAUAUUUCAGUGGUUUGACCUUUAUACAAGUUCAAUAUUAAGCGCCUGUCUUUCCAAUCAAUUCUCGCUUCCCUUAAAGUGUUAAAUAAGAGUUUCCAGUCUAUUUUGUCGAACGCUUUUUCCAGGUCUACAAAUGCUAUAAACGUUGCUUUGUUCAAUUCUCCUUUCCAGAACUUGUCUCAGAGCUAUGAUAGCUUCACGUGUUCCUUUACCCUUCCUAAAACCGAACUGGUCAUUGUCAAGUCUUUCUUACACUUUAUGAAAGUUGAAUAUUAUGAAUUAAUAGUUAAAAUGUAAAUUUUGGUUGUUAUGGCCCUUUAAUACUAGACCCUCAUAAUAUGUAAAUAAUAAAAUAAUAAAAUAAAGGUGUCAUAAAGUGUAAUGUAACAUUUAAGAGCUGCUUUAUUCUUAAUUUUUUUUAAAAAUAAAUUCUGUAAAAAGUUAGUACUUACCAAAAUAUCACAAUGAGAUAUUUUCGUUGGACAUAUAUGUACCUUAUUUAUUUUAUUUGGUUAUAUAUUUUAGGUCCACUUCUAACAACUAUUGGUGAUUUUUGGCAAAUGGUUUGGGAAUCUCGUAGUACUUUAAUAAUUAUGGUAACUGCACUAGUUGAAAAAGGUCGACAAAAAUGUGCAAAAUACUGGCCUCCAGUCAAUGAAAUAUUAGAAAUACCUAACAAUUUAACUAUAAAAUUAGUGUCUGAGGAAACCGAUACAUCAAACAUUAUAGUAUAUCGACAACUUGAAUUAACCAAUCUAAAUGCAAGUAUUCCUCUUAAUGUAUACAUCAAAUUACCUAGAUUCAAUUUAGUAAAUAUUAUAGAACAAGUUUACUUUACUGGACAUUUUCUUUUUCAUAUUUUUUUUUUCUUUUGGAAACUUGAUUUUUGAUGCUGAUUUCGGAACUGUUUGAAUUUUUUUUGCGGAAAUCGUUAAAUCAUUAUUAAAAAAGUUAUGGAAGUUUGAAGUAUGAAUACCUUAAAUACCUAUUUAUUUUACAAUCAUUUAUUUAGGAAUGACCAUGGUGCAUUGGGUAAUGCAUUACGGAACUGCAGUAUCGAGUUUGAUAUGCUCCGAUGUGCAGUUAAAUUUUCGCACUUUUCACUGUUGAUUGUUUCAAUUGAAAAUAACCCUUGAUUUGUUGUGCAAAACCAUAUCGGGUUUGUACAAAUAAAAAAUCAAUUGGGGUGAGCCUGGGGUAAAAUAAAUAUGUUUAAAUCAAAUACAAAAAUUAGACAUGUUUUUUUUUAAAAAAAAAAUUGCAAAAAUUCACUAAGCAUUGACAUUAUCGAACUCAAUACCAUAAUUCCUAAGGCUGACCCAAUGCACCAUGGUCAAUUCUAAAUAAAUGAUGGUAAAAUAAAUAGGUAUUUAAGCUAAAACUUCCAAAACUUCUUUAAUAAUGAUUCUACAAAAAUUUCAAACUGUUCUGAAAUCUAUGUUCAAAAAUGCGUUAAAAAAAAAAUUAAAAACAGGGUAUCCUUAUAUCAAAAUUAAAAUGAAAAGUCUAUUAUAUCUUAAGAUUUUAUUUAUGUUGUCUUGAUGUUUUUUUUUUUACAGAUUAAUGAAACUAGAUUUGUAACACAACUUCAAUAUAGUUUAUGGCCUGAUCAUGGAGUGCCAGAUGAUUCAAACCGAUUAUUAAAUUUAGUAGAAGCUAUUCGUAAAGAACGUGCUGGUGUUGUGGAACCUAUUGUAAUACAUUGUUCAGCUGGGAUUGGACGUACUGGAGUGAUAAUUUUAUUGGAAACUACAUUAUGCCUAAUUGAAGCUGGUCAACCUGUGUAUCCUUUAGAAAUUGUACGGCAAAUGCGUGAUCAAAGAGCCAUGAUGGUUCAAACAUCUGUAAGUAAAUUAUUAUUGAAAUAUAAUGUAUUAAAUAAUUUUAAUGAUACAAUUAAUACUUUGUAAAAAUAUGAAUUCUAAGUAAUUUAAAACCCAAAUCAAAUGGUAUCAAUGUGCAAUAUAAUUGAGUAAAAUAGUUCAUAGUGUCAUUUUAUAGUAGAACCUCUUUAUCAAUGACAUUUUUCAAAUUUAAGUGUCAAUUCAAAUGAUAAGACCAUUCAAACAAUUUAUUAAAGUCACUUUGAAACUUUGUAUUCAUUGAAGUUAAAUCAUAAAUCUGUAUAAUCAAAUACUCAUAUUCUACUGAUAUUUCGCCCACAAGAAGUCCAAUUAUAAUAAUCCUGGUGCCCUCUAUUUUAUUAUAUUAUUAUAUUAUAUUCUUGGAUUUUGUAUGUUUCAAUAAAACAUAUAAUAUGAAACAUUAAUGUAAUUUGUAAUACAUCAAUAAUUUAUUUAUCAUUUAAUACUCAACACUAUGUACAAGUUUUUUUUUAGUUAAUUGAAUUUUUUUUUCAGAAUCAGUAUAAGUUUGUUUGCAGUUGCAUUCACUAUGCAUUUACACAGGGUAUUGUGAAACCAUUGCCAGAAUAUAGCACACAAUAAAACUAUUCAUUAUUGGAUAAUGCAGUAAUCACAACUUAAAUAGUUAUUUAUUUAUUAUUAGUUUUUUAUUUACAAUAUAUAAAGACACUUUUUAUUUAAUUAGAAAAAAUCGUAUUGUUGUAAUUUGUGCUACAAUGGUAUGACUUCAAAUGAACAUGAACAUUGUAUUACAAUAUUUUUGUAGAUUAUAAUUGACAAUUUAUGAUUAAAUUUAUCUUUUAAAUCAUAAUUUGUAUUAUCUUGUUUUUUACUAACUUCUUAUAAUCAUUUUAGUUUUAUGUGACUUUAUUAAUGUAUAAAUAAUUUAUCUUUGAUGUUUUGAUGUGCUAUAUUGGAAAAUGAACACC